UGCCGUCAGCCGCCAUUACGCACUGACACCACGAGCUGGUACCGUCCCUACGUCGUGGCCGUGAUAAAACCGCCGUCGGUGAGAAACGAUUCGAUAUAACGAGAUAUAUUGAGUCGACGAGAGUGCGAUUAAAUAAUAGUCGAGAUAAAGUAAGUGUGGGCUGUUUAUUUUCACAAUUAAUCUCGUCUCUGCGAACGCAGGGUGAAAGGGAGUGGCGAAAUGCGAGUGCACAUUCUUGCAAAGCGGAGCAAAGAAAAAAAGAAACACUCCAUGGCGCAGUUAUUGCGUCGCACUAUUUGGGAUAUUCGCAUGUGUCGUAGUUUGGCCGUGCGUGAUGUGGAUCAACGGGGUGUUAUGUUGGUGAAUUUGUGCAGACCGCGGCGUUUGUGGUGGGCGUAUCGGGACGCCGAGAACAUUUCGUGAUUCGGGCGGGUUGUCGCGAUCUUACGUGCAUCUCUCUGCAAAUUAUCGGUUGUCUCGGUAUGAAUUCCGGUAAUCCGCGAUGUCUAACCGCCUGCGCGCGAAUAUCUCGCGACAUGAAAUCGCGGUCGUGGUAGAUACGUAUUCAGGGUGAUUGCGCGACUCACCUUUUCGUUGUCGUCGGUUUUUGCUCGGUGUCUUCCAAGACUCUAGAGCUAUAGGCGUCGCAUAACUCUAACUCCAUCUGGAGACCCGUUGCUCUCCUUGAUUUCGUCGCCGUCGGUGUGUUGCGCGUCGUUGGAUGUCUCUCGCUCGCAUGGUGCUGGACUCUCACAUUCACGAUGGUUCCGAUUGCGCUAAGAUAACUGCAAGAAUGAACUAGGAUAAGGACCAGUUACUCAGCAUACAACAUUAUAUUGGAGAGCUGCACAAUUCCCCUGUCUGAUAUUUAACACUUAUGACACAAAACAAAAACUUGCAAAGAAAACAUUAACAUUGAUUGUCUCAGGUUACAUGUUUUGUAUCUAUGAACUUCUUUAACAAUUGUGCUGGUGUCUUGAUGGACAAUUAUUAAAUUGGUGGUUUAAUUUUUUCAUAGGGAAAUAACAAGUUCUCACAGGUACAACUAAACACAACUAAACAAAUUGCCCCUGUUUUAACCAAGACCAGACAGAAGAAUGUCCUCCAGAAGAAGGAGCAGGUCGCGGGACAGGGCCAAGAAUGCAGGACCAUCGAAACUGCGCAUGGACAGCAAGCCCCAGAUGCCGCGUAUUUCCGAUCCCAGUUUACCAUCUGGACGACGUCGUGAGAUUGAUAAUGUUAUGAAGAAAGCCAGAGCUUCACCAAAUUCUAACACUUAUUGGGAUAAGAAGUUGCUGGAAGUUGAGGCAAAGGAUCCAAAUAGAUGGCGUCAUAGUGGAUAUAAAUCCAUGUACCUGGAUGGUUCGAGUUCGCCGUCGUCGGGCAGAAGAAGUAGAUCGCGUUCUCCGCCACCUCGUCGCUCGCCACCGCCGUCGUCGCGCCGUUCGCCUAUGAUGAGAGACCGCGGCCGCUCUCCGCGUUCACCGCCUUCGAGGCGCUCGCCUGUCGGUCGGCGUUCGCCUCGCUCGCCUCCAAUGGCGUCGCGUCGUUCUCCUAUAGGGCGUCCCGGGCGUCCGCGUUCGCCCUACGUGCGUAAUCCACCGCCACAUCGUCGCUCAGCAUCCGCGAGCAGCGUCAGCAGUUGCUCGGACGAUUCAUGCUCAGUUUGCUCACCGAAAAACAAUCGUGCCAGAUCAAGAUCGAAUUCACCUGGACGUCCCCGAAUCGCAAAACCACAUCCGAAAGGUCAUAAGAAAAAGACCCAUCGCCCUCCGUCUCCCACACCAUCGCCACCUACACGUCGUCCAGCACGUCCAAUGACACCUCCCCCAACUCGUCGCCCAGUUCGCCCAGCCGCAUCAACAUCAUCAGACAAACCCACAGACCCUCGCCGCCAACCACCACCUCCAAGACCACGCAAUCGCGCCGGUGAAAUCAUCGACGUAUCAGGUGUUAAACCACCACCACCCAAAGGUCCCAAAAAGGUCAAAGAAAAAGAACCCGUUCUAUUAACACGUAUAAAGAAGGAACGUACCAAGAAGCGACCUGGUUCUCCAGGAGGUGAUUCCACCGCGUCUGAUGACUCUUCCGAGUCUGAAACAUCAGCCAUUGUGGCUACCACAAGGCUCACUCUAUCAGAGCGCUUUGGUAAAAUGGCACAAUGGUCUGUAGAUCGUGAACGCCGCGAUAUCGAAAAUAUGCGCAUCACGAAAACCGGAGGUGAUUUGAAGGUGAUGAUCGAAGAGGAUGAUUUCCUCUAUGGCAGCCCACCGCAUAGAUACAGCAUAUCCCCGGUACCAGCCGGCCACUUCCCGGAUGAAUUACUCGGGAAUGGUCCAUCAAGGAUGGCGGGUUGGGACGACGUACGCGUCCGAUAUCAAUACUACAAAGAUCUUGGAUAUUUACGAGAUCUUUCGUUGGACGACUACGGAAAAUGGGAGGAGUGGUGGUACAAGUAUCAAGAUUGGCUAGCUAACGAGCGCAACUACGAACAUUGGGUAGCGACGCAAGGAAGACGACGACGAAGAAAACUACCCGCCACCCAGAGACUUAAUUAAUUUUAAUGUUAAUAUCAACUACUAUUAACAGAUAAUUAAACAGGUAAGUUUUCAUCUUUAUGCUUCAGAAUCUCAUCCUGGUUUUUUACUUUCUAUUGACAAAAUCAUCCAAUUCUUUUUUUGGCUCAUAUGUGAUGCUAAAUUUAAUUUAUUUUGCAAUCAAUUUUGUUUUUUACAUUUCACCCGCAAUCAACUUUAUAAUUUGUACAUACAUGCAUACUGAAAUAACAACUAGUUCUAGACAUCGCUAAGAUUAGAAAAAUAUAUAAAAAUAAGUCUGUAACAACACUUGCAAUGAAACAUGAAACUAUGUGGUUA